CAUGGUAGGCGCUUAAUGAAUGCUUGCUCAAUUGUUCGUUUAUUCCUGACAGGAGGGCUGCCUGGGCGGGUACAUAAGCAAGGCCCACGCCGCCCCAGGCCCGGCGCUUCCUCAGACGGACACAAGCCGGGUUCAGGAGGCAGAGUUGGCACACGAAGGAGGGGAAAACUUGAGCAGUCAAGCUCACGAUCGCCCUCUUCCGGAGCGCCUCUCCUUCCGCUCCGCCGGAAGGGCCGGGCAGGGUUCUUUCACCGGAAGAGGGGGAACCGGAACCGGAGAACCAGGAAGUCGCUUCUCAGCAGCCCGCCCUUAAGAUGGCGGCGCAGGGGACGUGGUCGAUCACGUGACGCUGGUGGGGGUUGCUGGGGGGAAAAGGCACUUCAAGUCCUAGGCCCUGGGACUAUGGCCGCUGCUGCCCUGGGUGAAUUAGCUCCGGGGCGCGAGGAAGAAGAGGACGAAGAAGAGGAGGAGCAAUUGGCUAUGGUGGAAUUAUCAGGAAUUAUAGAUUCAGAGUUUUUAACAAGAUGUGGAAACAAAUGCAAGAUUUUGGGCAUUGAUACAGAGAGACCUAUUCUUCAAGUGGACAGCUAUGUCUUUGCUGGGGAAUAUGAAGAUACUCUUGGGACCUGUGUUGUAUUUGAAGAAAAUACAGAUCAGGUUGAUGCAGAAGGUAACCAUAAAAUAGAGCUGAAAUAUAAGUGCCACACAAUGAAGAAGCUGAGUAUGACGAGAACACUUCUGACUGAGAAGAAGGAGGGAGAAGAAAACAUAGGUGGUGUGGAAUGGCUGCAGAUCAAGGACAAUGAUUUUUCGUAUAGACCCAACAUGAUUUGUAACUUUGCACAGCAGAAGGAAGAUGAAGAAGUUGCAGCUCAAACCCCAGACAAAACUUUGGAAAUGGAAGAACAGGAGAUACAAGCCAAAGAGAACACAGGCAUGGGCAGUGAACUGGAGAAAUCAGACCACUUGGAAAUGGAGGAUGCUGGUCCUCUUCUUGAUAGCCCUUCUUCUGAAACAGAAGAUUCUAUUUCUAUGGAAACUCAGGAGCCUGCCUUAGAAGCCACUCCUAGGUGACAUCAUUCCUGUAGGUUCUAGGCAUAGGCAUAACUGGAAUUCUGAUUUUGGAGAAUUGAAUGUAUAGCUUUCAUGUAUUCAUGGAUUCUAUGACUAUAGACCAUACACAUAGUAUAGCUGCAUAUUGGAUAAGUCAGGACCAAGCAAUAACCAGAUAGUUCUUUAAAAAAAUUUUUUUUUAUUCCUCUCCUUCAGAUUCUCUAAAUUAGAGAUUUUUGGCUGUAGUGGGUAUUGUGUGUAGGUAAACACACUAUUUUAGGGGGCUUAAAGGACCGUAGAGAACAGGAUGCAGUCUAUCUUCUCAUUUGUUUAUAAUAAUGUUUGGUAUAUAAUAAAAUAAAGUCUUGUUUUUCAGAAAUUUUUUAA